CCAUUUCAUUUUAUUAACCGAAUGUCAGUUUGUCUAGCUCGAUUACCGUGUAUCGUAUUUUUAAUUGUACAAUUUUUUAAUACCAUUAAUUUAUUUAAAAAAUAAUUCUUUAAUUAGUAUAAUAAUCAUUCAAUAAAAAAUGGGCGAAGAUAAAGAUGGUAAAGACAGGGAGCGGGAGCGCAGCAGGGACCGAAACGACAAAGAUCGCAGGAAGCGGUCGCGUUCGCGAGAGCACAGAAGGCGAUCCCGGUCGAGAUCUCCUCGCGAAGUGCGCGAACGCCGGAGAAGAAGCCGCUCCGGUUCGAGACACAAAGGCUACUCGAGGAGACGUAAACCGUCUCUUUACUGGGACGUACCGCCGCCAGGCUUCGAGCACAUCACCCCGCUUCAGUAUAAAGCCAUGCAGGCGGCCGGGCAAAUCCCCGCCAACAUCGUGGCCGAUACGCCUCAAGCGGCCGUACCGGUGGUGGGAUCUACGAUUACGAGACAGGCGAGACGACUCUACGUGGGCAACAUUCCCUUUGGCGUGACCGAAGACGAAAUGAUGGAGUAUUUCAAUCAGCAAAUGCAUUUGAGCGGGUUGGCUCAGGCCGCUGGAAAUCCGGUGUUGGCUUGUCAAAUAAACCUCGAUAAGAACUUCGCGUUUUUGGAAUUCCGGUCUAUCGAUGAAACUACACAAGCUAUGGCUUUCGACGGUAUCAAUUUCAAAGGACAAAGCUUAAAAAUUAGAAGACCCCACGAUUACCAGCCCAUGCCCGGUAUGUCGGAAAGUUCCAUUAGUGUACCUGCUGGUGUAAUAAGCACGGUUGUGCCGGAUUCGCCCCACAAAAUAUUUAUAGGAGGUCUUCCUAACUACUUAAACGAAGAUCAGGUAAAGGAACUGUUGAUGUCGUUUGGUCAGUUGAGGGCUUUCAACCUCGUCAAGGAUACGGCUUUCGGAUUGAGCAAAGGAUACGCUUUUGCUGAAUACAUAGACAUCACGAUGACUGAUCAGGCUAUAGCCGGCUUGAACGGUAUGCAGUUGGGUGACAAACGACUCAUAGUGCAAAGGGCCAGCGUAGGUGCUAAAAAUACUACAGUUUUACCUGCUGUUCAAAUACAAGUACCGGGUUUGAGUUUGGUUGGAGCUUCAGGACCAGCCACCGAAGUGUUGUGCUUGCUUAACAUGGUCACUCCGGACGAGCUGAAGGACGAAGAAGAGUACGAAGAUAUCUUGGAAGAUAUCAAAGAGGAAUGUAAUAAGUACGGUGUGGUUCGAAGUAUAGAGAUUCCUCGUCCCAUUGAUGGCGUGGAAGUGCCCGGUUGUGGAAAGGUAUUUGUCGAAUUUAAUUCCGUCUUGGAUUGCCAGAAGGCCCAGCAAACUUUAACUGGUCGUAAGUUUAGCAAUCGUGUUGUCGUUACGUCUUACUUCGAUCCAGAUAAAUACCACAGGAGAGAGUUUUGAAGUGUUUACUUUAAGAUCAUAUUUAGGAUUUAUCCAGGAUUAAUUUGUUUGCGUUUUGUAUAAUUUAAAGUUCUGAUUUAAAUGUAAUUUGUAGAUGUGUAGGUUAUUUUAGAUUGCGUUCAAUAUAAUAAAGAACUUGGAAAUUAC